UAUCCCACUUAUUUAUGCAUUCAUUGGUUGUUUCUUGUAUGUGUCCUGAUAGGGGAUUGAACCCACAACUUUGGAAUUCAGGACAACCUGUAAUCAACUGAGCUACCUGGCCAGCGCCUGUAGUUAUCAUUUUGUUUUUUAACUUGGAAUCAGCAAAAUCCAACAAUGGGUUAAGGAAGGUACUACUGAGCAGAAAGAUCCUGUUGGAGGCUGUUUCUGUGAAUCAAAGGAGAAGGGACAGGUGUGAGCAUGUCGGCCCUCAACUGGAAGCCCUUUGUGUAUGGAGGGCUGGCCUCCAUCACAGCUGAAUGCGGUACAUUUCCAAUUGAUUUAACCAAGACACGGCUCCAGAUUCAAGGCCAGACGAAUGAUGCAAACUUUAAAGAAAUUCGGUAUCGAGGAAUGUUGCAUGCACUAGUGAGGAUAGGCAGAGAGGAAGGCCUGAAAGCUUUGUAUUCUGGGAUUGCCCCUGCGAUGUUACGCCAGGCUUCCUAUGGCACCAUCAAGAUAGGCACUUACCAGAGCUUGAAGCGAUUAUUUGUGGAACGCCCAGAAGAUGAAACCCUUCUGAUAAAUGUGGUCUGUGGAAUUCUCUCUGGAGUCAUGUCCUCAGCCAUUGCCAAUCCAACUGAUGUUUUGAAAAUACGGAUGCAAGCACAAAACAACACCAUUCAAGGAGGAAUGAUAGGCAACUUCAUUAACAUUUACCAGCAAGAGGGAACGAGAGGACUAUGGAAGGGCGUGUCUCUUACUGCUCAGAGGGCUGCUAUCGUUGUUGGUGUGGAGCUACCAGUUUACGACCUCACCAAGAAGCAUCUGAUUCUCUCGGGCCUGAUGGGAGACACUGUGUAUACUCACUUCCUCUCAAGCUUCACCUGUGGUCUGGCUGGGGCUCUGGCCUCCAACCCUGUGGAUGUUGUGAGGACACGUAUGAUGAAUCAGAGAGUCCUUCGUGAUGGCAGAUGCUCUGGGUACACAGGUACCCUGGAUUGCUUAUUACAGACAUGGAAGAAAGAAGGAUUUUUUGCUCUAUAUAAAGGGUUUUGGCCAAAUUGGUUGAGACUUGGUCCUUGGAAUAUUAUUUUCUUUGUGACAUAUGAACAGCUGAAGAAAUUGGAUUUAUGACAAGUCAAGGCUGCAUGAGACAUCCCUCUGAAAAUGCUAACUUCCAAAACAGUACAGCUUCCUGUUUCCCACUGCUUCUCACUGCUUGGCUCAUCACAGAUUCUGAGGUGUGAGCAACAGAUGAAGACUGGGUUAGUUCCGACUGCUGUGUCAUGGCAUCAGGCACUCUGCAUUGAACAUUUACUGGCAUAAACUGUAACAUUCAGACACUAGUCCUUACCAUCAAAGUGCCCUUUGACAUCAAAUAUAACAUGAAAUGCAUGGUUUUUGUGAAAGAAACUUGCAAGAAGAUCAGGAACUGUGUGCUGUUUCUUUAGGGGAGAAACAGCUCAUCGCAGCUCAUGGCUGAGAGUAUCAGACUGCUCUGAAGAAGCUCACCAGAACGUGCAAUGGAGUCUCCACGGGGGCAUUAUUGUUCCUGAACUUGGGGGCUUUUGCUUCUUGUCAGCUGAAGAAAUCUCACAGGUGGAGACCUGGACUUUUCAACUGUAGGUAUCAACAGUGCAGGAAAUAGAGCGCUGGAAUAUUGCACUGCUUUAUAAUUUACUAUUUUGGCAGGAUCUUUCACUUAUAAUAAGUGAUUUUAAGCCUUUGAAGACUUGACCUUUGUGAGGAAUUGUUACAAAGUAUUAAUAUCUAAACUCAUGGUGGUGUGAUGUGUUGGCUAUGAAGGUGGCAAGGUCUGUGCUGAUGGAGGUGUUUCAAGCAGCUUGGGCUCUGUCUUAGAUCAUGUUAGUAAUUUGUUCUAUGAUUUUUAGCAAAGUUUAUGUCCCAUUCUGGAAAUGGGGGUAAUGACAUCUAUGGAAAUUGAGGGUCAAGUAAAGAAAAUAUUAGUUACUACUACUUGACUCAUUUGAUAAGGAUGUGUACAUUAUGCUGUCAUACAGCUAUAAUCUGAGAAUAAACAGUCUGUGUGUAUGGAAAA